GUCUUCCGUCGCGCCGCGUCGCGUCGCGUCGCGUCGCGUAGCGCCGCCGUUAGGUCUUAGCGUUCUCCCCGGGCGCCUGAAGGAGACUUGGAGACUUCUGGGCCUCGCUGCUUGAGCCGUUGGGAGUCGCCGCUGCUGCCACUGCCCGCACUCCAUGAGGAAGAUGCUCGCCGCCGUCUCCCGCGUGUUGUCGGGCGUCGCCCAGAAGCCGGCAAGCAGAGUGCUGGUGGCAUCCCGUAACUUUGCAAAUGAUGCUACAUUUGAAAUUAAGAAAUGUGAUCUUCACCGGCUGGAAGAGGGCCCACCUGUCACUACGGUGCUCACCAGGGAGGAUGGGCUCAAAUACUAUAGGAUGAUGCAGACUGUUCGCCGAAUGGAGUUAAAAGCAGAUCAGCUCUAUAAACAGAAAAUUAUUCGUGGUUUCUGUCACUUGUGUGAUGGUCAGGAAGCUUGUUGCGUGGGCCUGGAGGCUGGCAUAAACCCUACGGACCAUCUGAUCACAGCCUACCGAGCUCAUGGCUUUACCUUUACUCGUGGGCUUUCUGUCCGGGAAAUUCUUGCGGAACUUACAGGACGAAGAGGAGGUUGUGCUAAAGGAAAAGGAGGAUCGAUGCAUAUGUAUGCCAAGAACUUCUACGGGGGCAAUGGCAUUGUGGGAGCUCAGGUGCCCCUGGGAGCUGGGAUUGCUCUGGCCUGUAAGUAUAAUGGAAAAGAUGAGGUCUGUUUGACUUUGUAUGGAGAUGGUGCUGCUAAUCAGGGUCAGAUAUUUGAAGCUUACAACAUGGCAGCUUUGUGGAAAUUGCCUUGUGUUUUCAUCUGUGAGAAUAAUCGCUAUGGGAUGGGAACAUCUGUGGAGAGAGCCGCAGCCAGCACUGACUACUAUAAGAGAGGCGACUUCAUUCCUGGGCUGAGGGUAGAUGGAAUGGAUAUCUUGUGUGUCCGGGAGGCCACAAGGUUUGCAGCUGCCUACUGUAGAUCUGGAAAGGGGCCCAUACUGAUGGAGCUGCAGACUUACCGUUACCAUGGACACAGUAUGAGUGAUCCCGGAGUCAGUUACCGUACACGAGAAGAAAUUCAGGAAGUAAGAAGUAAGAGUGACCCGAUCAUGCUUCUCAAGGAUAGAAUGGUGAACAGCAAUCUUGCCAGUGUUGAAGAAUUAAAGGAAAUCGAUGUUGAAGUGAGGAAAGAAAUUGAGGAUGCUGCACAGUUUGCUACUGCUGAUCCUGAACCACCUUUGGAAGAACUCGGCUAUCACAUCUACUGCAACGACCCGCCUUUUGAAGUCCGGGGUGCAAACCAGUGGAUCAAGUUUAAGUCCAUCAGUUAAUGGGAGCUGGUUAUACCUUCAGUGGGCUCUUUGGCAGCAACUGUAAGGAAUGCUUUGUGUCACCAACAUUGUUGAGGAAAAGUGUGUAGAUGAAGAUAGUAUAAAUUGCAUGUGGUUUGUACAGUGUUGCAUUAAAAGAUGUUACUGCACACUUAGGUGUUAAUAAGGAUAUCAUAAAGGUCAUUUUAGAUUUACGUAGGUUUAAAAAUAGGUAAUAGAGUUGGCUUCACCCUCCUUCACAUUAUUUCUUUAAGAUAGUUGUGUUUGAUUUUGUUGAAUUUCUCUAUUUUAACACAUACGCACAUACUUUUUAAGUGACUAAAUCUUGAAUGCCUGUUCAACUCUGCCACCUUUUUGUGGGCUUAGGGGAUCAUUCUCCUGUCCCUUGAAGUGCCCAGCAGCUAACCCAGUGUACCUUAGUGUGCAUGUUGGUGCUGAAGUCUGUUCUCACUGAACCAUCAUUUCUCCUGAAUAAAACACAGUAUUUAAUUAUAAUGAGGCAGGGAGGGGGAGGACAAUUCCAUUUUAAAAUAAGUCUAGUUCAUUUCAAAGGCCAAAUAACUUAGUUUCUCCAUUUAUACAUUCAAUAUAAAUACGAAGCUAUUUUCUAAAUAGGUUUCUAUUUUACAUUCAUAUCAAACAAUAUCAAACAUUAAAUACAAGGCAUAGUCUUAACAUAUUUUUCUUUUUCAAAUUUUAAGUGCAAUGCCAGUUAAAAAAUAAGAUGAUAGUAUAAUCUAAAAGUGAUUCCCAGCCUUUUUGUUAUCUUAAACUGUUGUUUGACCUCCUUAGUAAGUGUUUCUUCAUUGAAGUAAGUUCAUUUUUAAGAAUUUCAUAUUACUCUGGGAUGUCAAAGAGUAGUUUUUACAAUCCCUCUUCUCACAAUACAUACAAUUCUAUUCACCUUUACAACUUCAAGUUCUCAUUGUUCAUUGAACAGUGGUGUCUCCCUUGUGUAAAAAUGCAGCGGAAUUCAUGUGUAUGUUAACAGAAGCUUCAACCGUUCACUCUUUGCUCCCUCUGCCCCCGGGCUGAGCUGAUUACGCCUCAUCUUGGGUUGUUGGGGCCCCCUGAGCCUGUCUUCUGUACUGGGACACUGCAGUCCAGAGCCUGCAGAGGAGGCCACCACUACAAAACAAAUAGGAGGUGGCUUUAGAGUUGUAGGCAAAGAUAACUUCAAGGUGACACCACAAAAUACUACUUUAGGAGCCCUUAUAUCUACUUCUUGACUUGUCUAGACUUGCUGUCUGGUCUUAAAAGUGCAAUCCCUAACUUAAAAUUUUAAUACUGUCCUGGCCUCGCUCAGUGGGUUAAGGAUUUGGUGUGGCCAGCAGCUGCAGCUCUGAUUUGAUCCCUGGCCCAGGACUUCUGCAUGCCACAGGUGUGCACAUAAAACAAAAACAAACCAAAAUAGGAAUGUGUACUCUUUACAUAUGGAGGUGAUCCUUGUGCCCUAGCAGGAGUGGGACAUGGCCUUAGAGGUAAGUAAGUACAGACAUGCUGGUGGCUCUGUGCAGAGCAGGUUAUUUAAGAGGACAUGGGUUCACAAUCGUAAGGUGCAAUGUAGAGAAAGAAGGGUUUGGGUGGAACACGCUGCCAUCUCAUGUCCUUCCUCACUCCACUCCUAGCCAGGGCCUGGCUGGAAGUCUUAACUUUUCCUACUGGGCCUUUAGCCUCUGCCCCCUCUGGGCUUUUCCCCAACUUUAACCUUGGAAAGCUCUAGAGUUGGGAGUGAGGUUGGGUAAUUUUUGUUUUCUGACUAAGCCAUAGGAAAGGGAAUUAACUUCAAUGAAGAGGGAGGGUGGGAGUUUCUGGCACUUUUGCUACUGUGCCUAUUUUAUUUUUUGUAUUUUUAGGGCCACGCUCAUGGCAUUGGACCCAGGCUAGGGGUCCAAUUGGAGCUACAGCUGCUGGCCUACACCAGAGCCACAGCAACGUAAAUCCAAGCCGUGUCUGCAACCUACACCACAUCUGAUGGCAAGGCUGGGUCCUUAACCCACUGAGUGAGGCCAGGGAUUGUACCCGCAUCUUCAUGGCUCCUAGUUGGGUUCGUUAGCCACUGAGCCACAACAGGAACUCCAUCUGUCGCCUAUUUUAAAAGCCUAACUCGUCACCCCAAAAAAGCCAUUUUUGGUCUCACAGUGUUUUGAGGUGGUUCUUACCGUAGUCUAAGGUACCUGAGGUCUUCCUUAGUGAUGUCAUUAAGAAUAUCAGAAAGUGUGUAACCCUCUUCGAGGAUCUGAAACAAGGAUCACAUACAUCAAGGGCUAAGUAGCUUUGUAAUAAGAGCAUAGGAAUGGUUUGUCUGGUUAUGCAUUUACCUUUUCGAUUGUCUUUGCAUCCGCUCCUUGCAGUUGCAACCAGUCAACAAGCUCUUGAUCUGUUCUCUGCCCGUGAGACCCAGGAGGGGACGCUGAGCUCUCUGUAGUCUCUGUAAUGAUGAGAAAUUUGUUUUGUUGCAUACUGAUGUGUAACAGUAAAACUUCAAGUAACAAGUUGGAUGAAAUAAACUAUUCCAGGAUGUAAA